GCGCGGGGGUCACCCCGGGGAGUCUCAGACCUACGCCGGGCUGUUUGGGGGGCCCCAAGCGAUAGCCACGUUCUUCCCCUGGCCAGCAGCCAGGGGAGGAAGCUGGGGCGCAGCGGCGACUUUCAGUUUCAUUUCACCGACCCUCCCGCUUGGGCCGCGCCGCCGCCGCCGCCGCGAUGCCCAGCAAGUUCAGCUACCGACAGCUCCGGGAGACCGGCCAGCACUUCGAGAGUUUCCUGGCCGCCCGGGGACUGGACCUGGAGACUGAUCGCGAGCGGCUGCGGACCAUUUACAACCGCGACUUCAAGACCAGCUUUGGGAGCCCCGCCCCUGGCUUCUCCUCCAUGCUGUAUGGAAUGAAGAUUGCAAAUCUGGCCUACGUCACCAAGACUCGGGUCAGGUUCUUCAGUCUCGACCCCUGGGUCGAUGUGCGGUUCCCAGAAAAGAGGAGAAUGAAGCUGGGGUCAGAUAUCAGCAACCACCACAAGUCACUGCUAGCCAAGAUCUUUUAUGACAGGGCUGAGUAUCUUCAUGGGAAGCAUGGGGUAGAUGUGGAAGUCCAGGGGCCCCAUGAAGCCCGAGAUGGGCAGCUUCUUAUCCGCCUGGAUUUAAACCGCAAGGAAGUACUGACCCUUAGGCUUCGGAAUGGAGGGCCCAAGCCUGUUACUCUCACUCACCUCUUCCCACUCUGCUGGACACCCCAGUUUACCUUCUACAAUGCUGAUCAGGAACUGCCCUGCCCCCUGGGCCCUGGUGAAUACUAUGAACUCCAUGUCCACUGUAAGACCAGUUUUGUGGGCUACUUCCCUGCCACCGUGCUCUGGGAACUGUUGGGACCAGGAGAGUCUGAAUCAGAAGAAGCUGGAACUUUCUACAUUGCCCGCUUCCUGGCAGCUGUUGCCCAUAGCCCCCUGGCUGCACAGUUGAAGCCCACAACUCCAUACAAGCGUGUCCGGAUCACUGGCAACCCUGUAGUGACUAACCGUGUAGAGGAAGGAGAGAGACCUGACCGUGCUAAAGGCUAUGAACUAGAGCUAAGUAUGGCGCUGGGGACCUACUACCCCCCACCCCACCUCAGGCAAGUGCUCCCUAUCCUUCUUCAGGGAACAAGUGUCUUCACUGCCCCUAAAGAGAUUGCAAAGAUCAAGGCCCAGUUGGAGACAGCCCUGAAGUGGAGGAACUAUGAGAUGAAGCUCCGGUUGUUGUUGCACCUGGAGGAACUGCAGAUGGAGCAUGACAUCCGACACUACGACCUGGAGUCGGUGCCCAUGACCUGGGACCCCAUGGACCAGAACCCCAGACUGCUCACACUGGAGGUUCCCGGGGUGGCUGAGAGCCGCCCCUCAGUGCUACGCGGUGAUCACCUGUUUGCCCUCUUGUCCUCUGAGACACACCAGGAAGACUCUGUCACCUACAAGGGCUUUGUGCACAAGGUGGAAUUGGACCGUGUCAAGCUGAGCUUUUCUCCAAGCCUCAUGAACCGCUUUGUGGAUGGAUUGACCUUUAAGGUGAACUUCACCUUCAACCGCCAGCCCCUGAGGGUCCAGCACCGUGCCUUGGAGCUGACAGGACGCUGGCCACUGUCACCUCUGCUUUUUCCUGUGGCCUCUUCUGGGGCUGCACUACUUCCUGCAGAUGUGAAGCUUAAGCUGUUUGACCGGAGUCUGGAGUCAAACCCAGAGCAGCUGCAGGCUAUGAAGCACAUUGUUAUGGGCACUACCCGGCCAGCCCCCUACAUCAUCUUUGGGCCUCCAGGGACUGGCAAGACUGUCACAUUGGUGGAGGCCAUUAAGCAGGUGGUGAAGCACUUGCCUAAAGCUCACAUCCUCGCCUGUGCUCCUUCUAACUCUGGGGCUGACCUUCUCUGUCAGCGGCUCCGGGUCCACCUGCCGAGCUCCAUCUACCGCCUCCUGGCCCCCAGCAGGGAUAUCCGCAUGGUACCUGAGGAUAUUAAGCCCUGCUGUAACUGGGAUCCUAGGAAGGGCGAGUAUGUGUUUCCUGCCAAGAAGCAGCUACAGGAAUAUCGGGUCUUAAUUACCACCCUCAUCACUGCCAGCAGGUUGGUGUCAGCUCAGUUUCCCAUCGAUCACUUCACACACAUCUUCAUCGAUGAAGCUGGUCACUGCAUGGAGCCUGAGAGUCUGGUGGCCAUAGCAGGACUGAUGGAAGUCAAGGAAACAGGCAACCCAGGAGGGCAGCUGGUGCUGGCAGGAGACCCUCGGCAGCUGGGGCCUGUACUACGAUCCCCACUGACCCAGAAGUAUGGGCUGGGGUACUCUCUGCUGGAGCGGCUGCUCACCUAUAACACACUGUACAAGAAGGGCCCCAAUGGCUACAACCCCCAGUUUAUAACCAAACUGCUCCGAAACUACAGGUCUCAUCCCACCAUCCUGGACAUUCCUAACCGACUAUACUACGAGGGGGAACUACAGGCCUGUGCAGACACAGUUGAUCGGGAGCGCUUCUGCCGCUGGGAGGGUCUUCCCAGACAGGGCUUUCCCAUCAUCUUUCAUGGUGUAAUGGGCAAAGAUGAGCGCGAGGGCAAUAGCCCAUCCUUCUUCAACCCUGAAGAGGCCGCCACAGUGACUUCCUACCUGAAGCUGCUCCUGGCCCCUUCCUCCAAGAAAGGCAAAGCCCGCCUGAACCCUCGAAGUGUGGGGGUCAUCUCUCCAUACCGGAAGCAGGUGGAAAAAAUCCGCCACUGUAUUACCAGACUUGACAGGGAGCUGCGGGCACUGGAUGACAUCAAGGACUUAAAGGUGGGCUCCGUGGAAGAAUUCCAAGGGCAAGAACGAAGUGUCAUCCUCAUCUCCACUGUGCGAAGCAGCCAGGGUUUUGUGCAACUGGACCUGGACUUCAACCUGGGUUUCCUUAAGAACCCUAAGCGGUUCAAUGUGGCAGUGACCCGGGCCAAGGCUCUACUCAUCGUAAUAGGCAACCCUCUUCUCCUGGGCCAUGACCCCGACUGGAAAGCAUUCCUGGAGUUCUGUAAAGAAAACGGAGGGUAUACUGGGUGCCCCUUUCCUGCCAAACUGGACCUGCAGCAGGGACAGAACUCACUCCUAGGUCUGAGCAAGCUCAGCCCCUCUACCUCAGGCCCCCACUGCCGUGACUACCUCCCCCAGGAGAGGGAGGGUGAAGGGAGCUUGUGCCUGCAAGUGGAGCCAGAGUGGAGGAAUGAGCUCUGAAGAUACAGCUGCCUGCCUUUGCCAGCUUUCUCACGCCAGCCAAGCCUUAACCGCUGCCCAACCCUGAACCUGAACCCAGCCCAGCUGCCCCUGGGAAGGACAGGAAGUCUGGGGAGGGAGUUUACAACCCAAGCCAUUCCUCCCCUCCCCUGCUGGGGAGAGUGACAUACCAAGCUGCUAACACUUGGGGGAAGGGAGGAAGAAAAACUCUUGAAAACAAAAUCUUGUUCUAUGCAAAA